AUGAAGAGCAAGCAACUCAAUUUGCUGAUGGCGCUUGUUGCGGUCUUGCUGUUCACCUUCUCCUGCUUCUGCAUCUCCAAGCUGAGUCAAACCAGGAAUCAAUUACUUUUCUGUAAAAACCACGUUUUGGAAUUUAAAGAAAACAUGCAACGUUUAAAAAACAAAACUGAAAAUAAUCGCCAAGAGAUGAUGGAAGUUUUAGAUACAUUGAAACAUCAAAUUACACAGAGAGACUAUCUAUUAAGAAAUUUAGGUAAACAUAAAAAUGUGGACGCAAUGGGUAAGAAUAAAGCAAUAUCUGAUAUAUUUGAAGACUUCAAGAUUUUUUUGCCUCAUCUACAAAAAGUAGAUAGAAUUCAUCCUAAUGUAAUUCUUAGCAAAGGGAAAAAAGAUGUUUCUUUUGCAGUAGGUAUCUCAACAGUAAGCAGAGGGAAGCACAGUUACCUGAGGCAAACACUGACAUCUGUCAUCUCCAGGAUGACUCCUUCAGAAGAGAAGGACUCUGUCGUGAUUGUUUCCGUUGCAGAUAGUAAAGGAGAAUAUUUAAGCGAUGUUGUUAACAUGAUUAAAAAGAAAUUCAAAAAUCAAGUGAUGUCUGGGUCCUUAGAGGUUAUUUCAGUACCAACUUCUCUUUAUCCCAGCCCAUUACCUGAGUAUUCACAAAAUACCAAGAGUUGGGAAAUGAAGCAAGUAUUGGACUUUUGUUUUUUGAUGCUCUAUGCAAGGCCUAAGGCCACUUACUAUUUACAGCUAGAAGAUGACAUCACAAGUAAAUAUGCAUACUUUACAAAAAUUACAGAAUUUGUACGAAAUAGCACAAGAAAAGAUUGGUUUUAUGUUGAGUUUUCAAUUCUUGGAUUCAUAGGAAAACUAUUUAGGUCUCAGGAUUUACCUGACUUUGUACGCUUCUUUUUAAUGUUCUACAAAGUCAAACCCAUAGAUUUGCUCCUGAAUGACAUUUUCCAGAUAAAGUAUUGUAAACAAGAAGAAAUUUUUAGAUCAUGUUUAAAAAGAAAUACACACAUUCGUGUUAAAUAUAAACCUUCUCUUUUCCAACAUGUGGGUAUACAUUCAUCAUUCCUUGGAAGAGAACAACAUUAUAAAAAACCGCACCAGAAAGAAGACAAUGGUAUGGCAUGUUGGUAUGGCAUGGUUGUAGGAAAACAAUUGUCAGCAAAGGAUCCUGUUCCCAGAAAAGCUGCCUAUCAAAUAUGA